GAUACCUUCACCCGGCUCCACUGGUUUCGCAUUGUCACCGAAGCCUAGCGUGUGUUAGUUUUACUAAAAGUCUUCGAGAACCACAACAUACUGAAGUGAAACGUGUGGUACUUGUACUCAAAAGAAUAGGCAGUGAUCGAUCGACAUGAAAUUUUCAGAAACACUCCAUAUGCCAUCAGAACUCCCUUGGGUUUGCAGAUAGAAUUUCAACAUUGGUGCUUUCGAUAAUGUUUCUGACAAGAUCCGAGUAUGAUCGUGGUGUUAACACUUUUUCACCAGAGGGUCGUUUAUUCCAAGUAGAAUAUGCCAUAGAAGCUAUAAAGCUUGGCUCGACAGCGAUUGGUAUACAGACGUCGGAGGGCGUAGUGUUGGCUGUAGAGAAGCGGGUCACGUCUCCUUUAAUUGAACCCUCAAGUAUAGAAAAAGUGUUUGAAGUUGACGAUCACAUAGCUUGCGCUAUGAGUGGAUUGAUUGCUGACUCCAGGACAUUGAUAGAUCGAGCCAGAGUAGAAGCACAGAAUCACUGGUUUACCUACAAUGCUAAGAUGUCAAUAGAGAGUGUAACUCAGGCUGUAAGCAACCUGGCCCUGCAGUUUGGGGAUGAUGAUGCAGAUCCUGGGGCAAUGAGUCGUCCAUUUGGAGUGGCUUUACUAUUUGCUGGCAUUGACAAGAAAGGACCCCAAUUGUACCACAUGGACCCAUCUGGGACAUUUAUACAGUAUGAUGCCAAAGCCAUUGGUUCUGGAUCAGAGGGUGCCCAGCAGGCUCUCCAGGACACUUACCACAAGUCUAUGACGCUGAAGGAGGCCUGUAAAUCUGCUUUGACAAUUCUGAAACAAGUGAUGGAAGAAAAACUCAGCUCUACAAAUGUUGAGAUGGGAACAGUGACGCCAAUAAAGAAGUUCCACAUGUUCACAAAACAAGAGUUAGAGGAUGUGAUUAAAGACAUAUAAGUGACAUCACACAUUUAUCUCUUACAUUUUCUGAUGUGACAUUCAUGUUUCAUAUUUGUAAAUCUCCAGUGUAUGAACAAUUAAAUGAGUAAUAAAAUAA